AAUGUACAAUGUGGCCAUGUCAACGAUCAUGAGUCACUCAGCCGUCUGCUGAAAUGUAUACGGUUUGGAAAUCAUACUUCUUGUUCUAUCCAGGACGAUGAUUCAUCCUUCUAGUGAAGCUGUGACUUGCCUCUGCAUGUUUUGCAAUGCUGGCUGGCUUCAUAACAGCGUAACUGCAUGCUGUGACUCCUACCAGAUUUCUCAGCAAACAUCCGAGCGAGGAGCAGGCUAAUUCUUUAAACGAUGGCAUUCGCUUUUAGACAAUUCUUCCUGGUAGCUGCAGAUUUAACGCUUGCCUUGGCCCUUUCCUGCUUCCUUUAUGCUUUCGUGUGCAUCUGCACUGCAUUCCUCACCUGUUUUGUGAUCAUUUUCUCCUUGGGGAUUGUGAAGAAAAUGGAGAGAAAUAUUGACAUAAAAGGGAGAGCCGUUGUGAUUCUAGUGUCCAACAGCUCCAUCGGACGGACGUUUGCCAGGAACCUGGACGAGGCAGGUUUCACAGUGUCUACUGCAUGCUGGCCACCUGAAAGAAACUGGGCAAAGGUUCUGAAGGAGGAGUAUUCUCCAGACAUGAAGCUGGCACAACUCCCUAUAACUGAGGACGAGUAUAAGAUGACAAUGAAAACCUUGAUAGAAAAGCACUUAUCUCUGAAAGGCAUGUACGGGCUGAUGAAGAAUCCUUCGGUCCUGAUGUGGGAAGAACAGAAGCCAGACACAACCAGAUUCUCUGAAGGAAAAACUUCUUAUAAAUGGAAGGAUGUUUGCAUAACUCCGGCCUUCCUCAUGGCACUUCUCUUUCUCCCUGUGAACUAUGCGGUGACUUUUGCAAAGAAGAAAAGCCAGCAGUUACUUACUAGCCUGCUGAAAUCCAAAAACUGACAGCAUGGAAGGAAACUUGUAGAAUGACUCAACGGGUUAAUAAUGCCACAGUGAAAAGGAGCUGCAGGGAGGAGUAGCUUGGAACAGGACUGACUGAUUCCUGACUUGCAAGAAUCAAGUGCUGAAUGGUGUCUUCAAACUUAUUCAUAAGUCAGUGAGAAAACAUUGUGAAUUAGAUCUGGAUAGAAGACUAUUCCCCUAAUUGUAUUGCGGGUCUGCAUCCAAAUCACAUUUGUAACCAAGAAUAUGGUGAAUGUUGAAAUUUUACUGGGAUAAAUGAUCUAAGAUGCAAGGAAAUAAUGAAAAACUCUCCUGAAAGACUGCUGAACGUUAAGCUUUUGACAUACGCUGUGCUAUGACUUGGCUUAAUUGACGGACAAACUGUUGGUCUUUCAUCUUUCAAAUUGCAACUCAGAAUUAUCAUUACACAUGUGAAAUGUAGUCCAGUCCCGGCCCACGGAAAAGAACUGCAGUUAAAUGUCAAACUGAGCCCAAACUAACCAUUCGAACUCAACCAUAUAAAAAAAAUUGUUUUGAUGAAAGCUGUUGAAAUGAAAUGUUUUUACAUUUCUGAAUUGAAAGUUUUGGUUUCUAGCCAAAAAUGUUUGGUCUUCAGUUUUUCCACCAAGAAGUCAAAAUUUUCUGCGGUAAGCAGACACUUUUUUUUUAAAUUCAUUUAGUCAAACACCCAAUUUGCAGUUGAAAAACAGUUUCAAUGGAACAUUUUUAAUCAGCUCUGGUGAGCAAUAACAUUUUGUCCAGAAAUUCCUUGUGCAGUUUCAGAUGGAUAAUGUAUUCUUUAUUUUCUCUGCUAAACUGUUGUUUAUCAUUGAUGUGGGCUUUUAAAUAGCUGCUGUUUCACGCAUGGUUAAAUGAUUCCUAUUUGUAUUCACAGUGGUAUGUAUAGCCUGAUUGUACAGUCCUUAUUUGGACAAAACACCUGUUGGCGUCAAUGGAAAUUUUGUUUGCUUAAAGAUAUGAUGAUAGGCUACAAUUUGUUUAUAAUGCUUUAUGAUCCUUUGGGAUAAAAGGAACGAUACAUUUAUAAAGUUAUGGCUUUAAGGCAAUGCUUUCGUGAAACCCAAUUAUGAUAUACCUGCCCUUAAAAUAUUUUAAUACAAAUUAGCUACAUCAAAGUAAUGCAGAAGUUAUAUGUUGAUAUUUUCAAAGCUGUCUAGGGAAUUUGAACGCCAAACUCCCUUCAGUUUUAGUAGGAGUCAGCCACCUAAAUUCUUUAAGCAGUCUUGAAAAUCUCAGUCAUAAUGUAUAACACUGACAUAAUUCACUGUUAAAGCUACCACCUUAGCACACUUAUUAUCGCCAUAUGUCCCCAUUUAAAAAGCCAAAGGGCAACCUAAUUUUGCCAGACCAAAACAGAUACACAAAAAUCAGAGCUGGUCAAAAUUAUUCAUUCUUUUUUUUUAAAAAAGAAGUUUUUUCUGAA